GUCAUAAUAGAAUUUUCUUCCAACUCACUCUCUCUCUCCCCUUCUUCCUCUCCCACAUUUCAACGUCUCGCUCUUCGGCUCUUUUCAUUCCUCCGUUGAUCUUUUCGUUGGAGAAGAAGAGAGAGACUGAUACUUCUGGAUAUCUAUUCUUAACCUAAUUAUAUACGUAUCUACGUACAUAUACAAAGUUUUUGGGAUUAUUUGACAUGAAAUCUCUGGGGAAGCUGCGAAAAUUUGCACUCCACAAAAGCGAUGCGAAGGAGAAGGGAGAUCGUCAAACUUCGGCGCAUUUGGAUGAGCUUGCUCAGGCUUCUCAGGAUAUGCAGGACAUGAGAAAUUGCUACGAUAGCUUACUUUCUGCAGCUGCUGCUACGGCAAAUAAUGCAUAUGAAUUUUCAGAGUCACUGCAGGAAAUGGGGACCUGUUUACUAGAAAAAACUGCAUUGCAUGAUGACGGAGAAAGUGGCAGAGCUUUAUUAAAGCUCGGGAAACUGCAGUUAGAACUCCAGAAACUUGUUGACAGCUACCGUUCUCAUGUCAUCAUGACAAUAACAAAUCCAUCAGAAUCUCUUCUUAGUGAGCUUCGGAAAGUGGAGGAGAUGAAACUUCAGUGUGAUGAGAAAAGAGAGAUCUAUGAGUACAUGAUGGCACAGCAUAGAGAAAAGGGGAGAUUAAGAAGUGGAAAGGGGGAAAGUUUUACUUCCCAGCAAUUACAAGCCGCUCGUGAGCAAUAUGAUGAGGUGGCUAGACUGUGUGUUUUUCGGGUAGAAUCUCUUAAACAAGGGCAAUGCCGCAGUCUCUUAACACAGGCAGCUCGUCAUCAUGCAGCGCAGUUGAAUUUAUUUCGCAAGGGACUUAAAUCUCUCGAGGCCGUGGACUCACAUAUUAGAUUAGUAACGGAAAAGCAACACAUAGAUUACCAACUUAGUGAACUAGAUUAUGGGGAAGAUGAGGAGGAUGAAGGUUUGAGUAGCUAUGAGAGAAAUGAGGCUGGGGAGCUGAGUUUUGACUACAGACAAAAUAAUCAAGGGCUUGAGAGGGCUUGCUCAUCAAGGAAUUCAAUGGAGUUGGAUCGAGUGGAUGUUGCAUAUCCUCGAGCUUCGAAGUCAGAGGAUGCAGAGAUAAAUCUCGGCAAAACCCAAGUGGAGCAGGUUUUCAGUCGGCAGCCUUGGACAGUCAGCCAUUCUGCCCCAAUAUUUGCAGAGAAGUUUGAUCCAGUUGAAAGGAUAAAAGAAAUGCGACCAACCACUGGGAAGUUCAACACGUAUGUGCUACCUACGCCUGCUGAUGCAAAAAGUUCAACUUCAAGAACAAGCACUUCAAUCACCCACUCAAGUCCUAGCCUAAGAGGGAGCAGCCAGAAUUUGUGGCAUUCAUCCCCACUGGACACAGAUAAGCAUGAGACUAAUGCCAUGGAUGGUAAUUUGUCAGUACUACCAACCCCUCCUUUGGCCGAUGGAGUUUCUCUUCAACAGUUGGAUGCUCAUAAUACUCAUGAUACUAAAAAAAAUAAAAGACAAGCCUUCUCUGAUCCAUUAGCAAGUAAUCCUCGGUCCACCAAGCCUUCCUUAUCUACUAGUGGCCCCAUCACCUCUACUGAACUUCCCCAUCUAGUUUCUGGAUUGCUUUCUAGAGUACCAAUUCCUCAACCUUCUUCAUCUCAAAAUGUCCCUCGUAGUGCUUCACCUCCACUUGUAUCUUCACCCAGAAUUAGUGAGCUACAUGAACUCCCCAGGCCCCCUGGCAAUUUAGCCUCCAAGCCAGCAGGUUCUUCUGGCAUGAUUGGGCAUUCUGUCCCACUCGUCUUUAGAAAUCAAGAUGGCACUCCAACAAAUAAAAACCCAUCACUGGCAUCAAAUGCAUCAUCUUUGCAUCCUCCUCCAUUAAUCUUUCCGCGCAGUUUCUCUAUACCCUCUAGCAAUCAGAGAGCAAUGGCAGUACGUUUAUCCAAGCUAUUGGAAUCUCCUCAAAUUCCAGAAAAGGCUGACGAAGUAGCUUCACCUCCAUUGACGCCUAUUUCCCUUUCAAACAUGAAGUCAUUGGUAGCUGUGUCUGAAGUAGCCCCCGACUCUAGGCAGAUCAGAGAUGCUUGAGGCUGUUUGGUGGUGGUCAUUCCAACCUUUCAUGACUUCUCAGGUGAUAAAAAUGAUGGAGUUUGGUGGUGGGUCUUACAUUCGGUUUUGCAUUGCGGAUUAAUAAAUCAAAAGAAAAAUCUUCCUAUCACAAUGAACAGAUCUGCAACAUUAAAUGCGGAGAUUAUAUAUUUUCAGCAAUUUAUCUGUCAAAAAUCUGCAAGAACUUAAUAAUUGAAUAGCUAUAGAGUUCUUAUGUUUAUGAUGUUUUAUUUCACUGGUUAUCCUGUUUAUUAUAUCUGUUUCUGGUUCUAAAUGUCAAAUUCAGUUAUUGCAGGUGGGAGCUGAUAACGUUUGUUGAAGCUGUAGUUUUUAAAUUCAACUGAGGCAGAAUCUAUUUCUCAUCACCCAUCUGUUGGGGUCAGGUCUGUAAAUAAUAGUUUUUCUCUUAAUUUUUUAAUGUUUGUUGUUUGUCGAAAUUUUUGUUACCUUUUUUUUUAUUUGAUUGACAACAAUGAGAACCGAGUUCUUCGCAAUUUUGUCAUUAUAGUGGUCGCUGUGUUGUUAUUUGUCUCAAGAGCAAAUCUUGUUUUUUUCUUUCUUGGUUGGUUUGAUUGCUACACUGUUUUCAGGUUUUUUCUUUUUUUCUCUCUUCAACAGCUAAGUUGGGGUGCAUG